CAGCUCAAGAAACAGAAAAUCACUACCACCCCAGAAGACUGCCUUAUACUACCAUCUUUUAAGAGUGAAUCACACAUGGGUAGAGAUGGGGUUUCACUGUGUUAGCCAGGAUAGUCUUGAUCUCCAGACCUCGUGAUCCGCCCACCUCGGCUUCCCAAAGUGAUGCGUCCAUGAAUUUUUUAAAACUAAAAAUGGGACCUGGAUAAAGUGAACAUCUUAGGGCCAUAAUGACCUCCAGACCUUUUGCAGAAGGUUGGAAUAGAUAAGAUUAGCAUAUUCGUAGUCUGGAAAAUGCUAUACAAAGAAUGUGUAAAACAUGAAACUACUUGUGGACCAAAUGAAAAACUGUGGAGCAGAUUAUGAUGCAGUUAGACCUUGCUUGAAUGACUUCGACCCACAAAAGCAGAGUAAUUUAUCCCUACUUACAGAGAGAUUGCCCUACGUGUAACAGCUGCAUACAAAAAAGUUAUAAAAUUAUCAUUGGUUUAACAAGGAUAAAUGAAAAACAUUAAAAUUCUCCAACUGAACAAGGUGUGUCUGUUUCAUUGAUUGGCUGACUGUCAAAUCGGAAUCUGAUCUGCCCCAUUGACAAUGCCUUGGGCUUUUCCUCAGCCAUGGCAAAUGCCAGAGUCUUCUCAGCUGCCGCUUCACAAAAGAGGUACCAGCUUCUCACUGAACGAACACAGUGCAGCACCAGGAGUGACAGAAGAAGGAGGCGGCAGCGGUGGUUGAGGGACAGGGUGCGUGCACGUCCAAGUACAGUUCUUAAAAUGUUGAGGGCAUGCAACAUAUGCUCAAUAAAUACCUGAUUUUUAAAAAAGACAAUGAUUAUGGAAAACUCUUGAUCAUUAACCCAAAGGGAGAGUCUAGUUUCCAGGAAGCAUUUGUUUGUAUACACUAUUUAACCCAAGGAUACACUCUUUUCUCCGUGGCAGCGUGACUCAUCUUAGUCUCCAAUUUUUGACCUGAUGUGAUUCUUCUUCCAACUGAUUCGCCAGAAGAAUCAGGCCUCUUUGCUCCUUUUCUUCAGUGUCCUGUGCCUUGGCUGUUGCAGGUGGAAGUGGAAAAGAAAUUGCCAAUGAUGCUGCAAAUAACUUCCUUCACCUUCUAACCUGGAGAUUCAUUGAAGGAAGAAAAAAGGUGACUGUCAGAGUCCCUGCUGGCCAUGCCUCUCAGCCACAGGACCACUGAGCCACUUAAUUCCUCCCCAGGGUCAGAUGUGCCCCAGCACCCAAUUGUUUAUGGAUACCCUAACCACCUUUUCACACUCCUUGAAGUUUAGCUUUAAAUGUUUUAAGAAUUAGCAAAGUGGGCCGAGCGCGGUGGUUCAAGCCUGUAAUCCCAGCACUUUGGGUGGCCAAGGUGGGUGGAUCACCUGAAGUCAAGAGUUCAAGACCAGCCUGGCCAACAUGGUGAAACCCCAUCUAUGCAAAAAUACAAAAAUUAGCCGGGCAUGAUGGUGAGUGCCUGUAAUCCCAGCUACUCGGGAGGCUGAGGCGGAAGAAUCACUUGAACCCAGGAGGCAGAGGUUGCAGUGAGCCGAGAUCUCACCAUUGCACUCCAGCCUGGGCAACAGAGCGAGACUCCAUCUCAAACAACAACAACAACAACAAAUUAGCAAAGCUGAUUAUUUGAUCUUGUAGAGACCGGGUUUUGCUGUGUCACCCAGGCUGGAAGGCAGUGACACAAUGAUCAUAGCUCUCUGCAGCCUCGAACUCCUGGGCUGAGUGAUCCUCCCACCUUAGUCUCCUGAGUAGCUGGAACUAAUAGUCUAGGUCCUGCUGCUCGCUACACAGAAAGCCAAUGACUGAGACAACGGGUAUUGCCAAGGCAAAAGGCUUUGACCAGGUGCUGCAGUGGAGGAGAUGGGAGUUCAGUCUCAAAUCCAUCUCCCCUGCCGACUAAAAUUAGGAGUUUAUAUAGCAGGGAAGCGGGGCCGGCGCGGGCGGCCGAGGGUCCAGGCGAGCCCGCGGGCGGACGGGAGAUGCCGCUGCUACACCGAAAGCCGUUUGUGAGACAGAAGCCGCCCGCGGACCUGCGGCCCGACGAGGAAGUUUUCUACUGUAAAGUCACCAACGAGAUCUUCCGCCACUACGAUGACUUUUUUGAACGAACCAUUCUGUGCAACAGCCUUGUGUGGAGUUGUGCUGUGACGGGUAGACCUGGACUGACGUAUCAGGAAGCACUUGAGUCAGAAAAAAAAGCAAGACAGAAUCUUCAGAGUUUUCCAGAACCACUAAUUAUUCCAGUUUUAUACUUGACCAGCCUUACCCAUCGUUCGCGCUUACAUGAAAUUUGUGAUGAUAUCUUUGCAUAUGUCAAGGAUCGAUAUUUUGUCGAAGAAACUGUGGAAGUCAUUAGGAACAAUGGUGCAAGGUUGCAGUGUAGGAUUUUGGAAGUCCUCCCUCCAUCACAUCAAAAUGGUUUUGCUAAUGGACAUGUUAACAGUGUGGAUGGAGAAACUAUUAUCAUCAGUGAUAGUGAUGAUUCAGAAACACAAAGCUGUUCUUUUCAAAAUGGGAAGAAAAAAGAUGCAAUUGAUCCCUUACUAUUCAAGUAUAAAGUGCAACCCACUAAAAAAGAAUUACAUGAGUCUGCUAUUGUUAAAGCAACACAAAUCAGCCGGAGAAAACACCUAUUUUCUCGUGAUAAACUAAAGCUUUUUCUGAAGCAACACUGUGAACCACAAGAUGGAGUCAUUAAAAUAAAGGCAUCUUCUCUUUCAACGUAUAAAAUAGCAGAACAAGAUUUUUCUUAUUUCUUCCCUGAUGAUCCACCCACAUUUAUCUUCAGUCCUGCUAACAGACGAAGAGGGAGACCUCCCAAACGAAUACGUAUUAGUCAAGAGGACAAUGUUGCUAAUAAACAGACUCUUGCAAGUUAUAGGAGCAAAGCUACUAAAGAAAGAGAUAAACUUUUGAAACAAGAAGAAAUGAAGUCACUGGCUUUUGAAAAGGCUAAAUUAAAAAGAGAAAAAGCAGAUGCCCUAGAAGCGAAGAAAAAAGAAAAAGAAGAUAAAGAGAAAAAGAGGGAAGAAUUGAAAAAAAUUGUUGAAGAAGAGAGACUAAAGAAAAAAGAAGAAAAAGAGAGGCUUAAAGUAGAAAGAGAAAAGGAAAGAGAGAAGUUACGUGAAGAAAAGCGAAAGUAUGUGGAAUACUUAAAACAGUGGAGUAAACCUAGAGAAGAUAUGGAAUGUGAUGACCUUAAGGAACUUCCAGAACCAACACCAGUGAAAACUAGACUACCUCCUGAAAUCUUUGGUGAUGCUCUGAUGGUUUUGGAGUUCCUUAAUGCAUUUGGGGAACUUUUUGAUCUUCAAGAUGAGUUUCCUGAUGGAGUAACCCUAGAAGUAUUAGAGGAAGCUCUUGUAGGAAAUGACAGUGAAGGCCCACUGUGUGAAUUGCUUUUUUUCUUCCUGACUGCAAUCUUCCAGGCAAUAGCUGAAGAAGAAGAGGAAGUAGCCAAAGAGCAACUAACUGAUGCUGACACCAAAGAUUUAACAGAGGCUUUGGAUGAAGAUGCAGACCCCACAAAAUCUGCACUGUCUGCAGUUGCAUCUUUGGCAGCUGCAUGGCCACAGUUACACCAGGGCUGCAGUUUGAAAAGUUUGGAUCUUGAUAGCUGCACUCUUUCAGAAAUCCUCAGACUGCACAUCUUAGCUUCAGGUGCUGAUGUAACAUCAGCAAAUGCAAAGUAUAGAUAUCAAAAACGAGGAGGAUUUGAUGCUACAGAUGAUGCUUGUAUGGAGCUUCGUUUGAGCAAUCCCAGUCUAGUGAAGAAACUGUCAAGCACCUCAGUGUAUGAUUUGACACCAGGAGAAAAAAUGAAGAUACUCCAUGCUCUCUGUGGAAAGCUACUGACCCUAGUUUCAACUAGGGAUUUUAUUGAAGAUUAUGUUGAUAUAUUACGACAGGCAAAGCAGGAGUUCCGGGAAUUAAAAGCAGAACAACAUCGAAAAGAGAGGGAAGAAGCAGCUGCCAGAAUUCGUAAAAGGAAGGAAGAAAAACUUAAGGAGCAAGAACAAAAAAUGAAAGAGAAACAAGAAAAACUGAAAGAAGAUGAGCAAAGAAAUUCAACGGCAGAUAUAUCUAUUGGGGAGGAAGAAAGGGAAGAUUUUGAUACUAGCAUUGAGAGCAAAGACACAGAGCAAAAGGAAUUAGAUCAAGAUAUGGUCACUGAAGAUGAAGAUGACCCAGGAUCACAUAAAAGAGGCAGAAGGGGGAAAAGAGGACAAAAUGGAUUUAAAGAAUUUACAAGGCAAGAACAGAUCAACUGUGUAACAAGAGAGCCUCUUAGUGCUGAUGAGGAAGAAGCAUUAAAACAGGAACACCAACGAAAAGAGAAAGAGCUCUUAGAAAAAAUCCAAAGUGCCAUAGCCUGUACCAAUAUCUUUCCCUUGGGUCGCGACCGCAUGUAUAGACGAUACUGGAUUUUCCCUUCUAUUCCUGGACUCUUUAUUGAAGAGGAUUAUUCUGGUCUUACUGAAGACAUGCUGUUGCCUAGACCUUCAUCAUUUCAGAAUAAUGUACAGUCUCAAGAUCCUCAGGUAUCCACUAAAACUGGAGAGCCUUCGAUGUCUGAAUCUACCUCCAACAUUGACCAAGGUCCAUGUGACCAUUCUGUGCAGCUGCCAAAACCAGUGCAUAAGCCAAAUCGGUGGUGCUUUUACAGUUCUUGUGAACAGCUAGACCAGCUUAUUGAAGCUCUUAAUUCUAGAGGACAUAGAGAAAGUGCCUUAAAAGAAACUUUGUUACAAGAGAAAAGCAGAAUAUGUGCACAGCUAGCCCGUUUUUCUGAAGAGAAAUUUCAUUUUUCAGACAAACCUCAGCCUGAUAGCAAACCAACAUAUAGUCGGGGAAGAUCUUCCAAUGCAUAUGAUCCAUCUCAGAUGUGUGCAGAAAAGCAACUUGAACUAAGGCUGAGAGAUUUUCUUUUAGAUAUUGAAGAUAGAAUCUACCAAGGAACAUUAGGAGCCAUCAAGGUUACAGAUCGACAUAUCUGGAGAUCAGCAUUAGAAAGUGGACGGUAUGAGCUGUUAAGUGAGGAAAACAAGGAAAAUGGGAUAAUUAAAACUGUGAAUGAAGACGUAGAAGAGAUGGAAAUUGAUGAACAAACAAAGGUCAUAGUAAAAGACAGAUUUUUGGGGAUAAAAACAGAAACUCCAAGUACUGUAUCAACAAAUGCAAGUACACCACAAUCAGUGAGCAGCGUGGUUCAUUAUCUGGCAAUGGCACUCUUUCAAAUAGAGCAGGGCAUUGAGCGGCGUUUUCUGAAAGCUCCACUUGGUAAAACAGAAAUUAAUAAGGAUCAAAAGGGAGAUCGAAAAAAAAAGGACAAGAAAAAGAGAGAGGAAGAUCUAUCUAGUGUGAGAGAUGAUGCCAGUGACAGUGGGCGUUCUUAUAAAACAGUUCUGGACCGUUGGAGAGAGUCUCUCCUUUCUUCUGCUAGUCUAUCCCAAGUUUUUCUUCACCUAUCCACCUUGGAUCGUAGCGUGAUAUGGUCUAAAUCUAUACUGAAUGCGCGUUGCAAGAUAUGUCGAAAGAAAGGCGAUGCUGAAAACAUGGUUCUUUGUGAUGGCUGUGAUAGGGGUCAUCAUACCUACUGUGUUCGACCAAAGCUCAAGACUGUGCCUGAAGGAGACUGGUUUUGUCCAGAAUGUCGACCAAAGCAACGUUCUAGAAGACUCUCCUCUAGACAGAGACCAUCCUUGGAAAGUGAUGAAGAUGUGGAAGACAGUAUGGGAGGUGAAGAUGAUGAAGUUGAUGGCGAUGAAGAAGAAGGUCAAAGUGAGGAGGAAGAGUAUGAGGUAGAACAAGAUGAAGAUGACUCUCAAGAAGAGGAAGAAGGCAGCCUACCCAAACGAGGAAGACCACAAGUUAGAUUGCCAGUUAAAACAAGAGGGAAACUUAGCUCUUCUUUCUCAAGUCGUGGCCAACAACAAGAACCUGGAAGAUACCCUUCAAGGAGUCAGCAGAGCACACCCAAAACAACUGUUUCUUCUAAAACUGGUAGAAGCCUAAGAAAGAUAAACUCUGCUCCUCCUACAGAAACAAAAUCUUUAAGAAUUGCCAGUCGUUCUACUCGCCACAGUCAUGGCCCACUGCAAGCAGAUGUAUUUGUGGAAUUGCUUAGUCCUCGUAGAAAACGCAGAGGCAGGAAAAGUGCUAAUAAUACACCAGAAAAUAGUCCCAACUUCCCUAACUUCAGAGUCAUUGCCACAAAGUCAAGUGAACAGUCAAGAUCUGUAAAUAUUGCUUCAAAACUUUCUCUCCAAGAGAGUGAAUCCAAAAGAAGAUGCAGAAAAAGACAAUCUCCAGAGCCAUCGCCUGUGACACUGGGUCGAAGGAGUUCUGGCCGACAGGGAGGAGUUCAUGAAUUGUCUGCUUUUGAACAACUUGUUGUAGAAUUGGUACGACAUGAUGACAGCUGGCCUUUUUUGAAACUUGUUUCUAAAAUCCAGGUCCCAGACUACUAUGACAUCAUCAAAAAGCCCAUUGCCUUAAAUAUAAUUCGUGAAAAAGUGAAUAAGUGUGAAUAUAAAUUAGCAUCUGAGUUUAUUGAUGAUAUUGAGUUAAUGUUUUCGAACUGCUUUGAAUACAACCCUCGUAACACAAGUGAAGCAAAAGCUGGAACUAGGCUUCAAGCAUUUUUUCAUAUUCAGGCUCAAAAGCUUGGACUCCACGUCACACCCAGUAAUGUGGACCAAGUUAGCACACCACCGGCUGCGAAAAAGUCACGAAUCUAACUUUGUCCUUCUAAAGGAUAUAUUUGAAGAAAAACAAAUUGUUCAUGAAAAUGGAACAUUAAAUCAUGCUGUAUAAAGCAAUAACAAUUGAUUGACCACAUGAAAGUGUGGCCUGCACUAUAUUCUCAAUUUUAAUAUUAAGCACUCAGGAGAAUGUAGGAAAGAUGUCCUUUGCUACAGUUUUGUUCAGUAUCUAAUAAGUUUGAUAGAUGUAUUGGAUACAGUACUGGUUUACAGAGGUUUUUGUACAUUUUUGAGAUCAUUCAUGUGUCCAGAGAUCUUGGAAAAUAUUUUUUCACCCACGAUUUAUUUUGUUAUUGAUGAUUUUUUUUAAAAGUGGUGGUAUUAAGGGAGAGUUAUCUACAUGGAUGAGUCUUCCGCUAUAGCACAGUUUAGAAAAGGUGUUUAUGUCUUAAUUAAUUGUUUGAGUACAUUCUUUCAACACUACACAUGAAUGAAUCCAAUCUUAUAUCCUUGAAGUGCUGUACCAGUGCUGGCUGCAGGUAUUAAGUCCAAGUUUAUUAACUAGAUAUUUAUUUAGUAUUGAGAGUAAUUUGUGAAUUUGUUUUGUAUUUAUAAAAUUUAUACCUGAAAAAUGUUCCUUAAUGUUUUAAACUUUUACUGUGUUUUUAUUCCUCUAACUUCCUUAAUGAUCAAUCAAAAAAAGUAACACCCUCCCUUUUCCCUGACAGUUCUUUCAGCUUUACAGAACUGUAUUAUAAGUUUCUAUGUAUAACAACUUUUUAACUGUACAAAUAAAAUAACAUUUUUUCAAAUAA